AUGGCAGAAACCAAAGACCAAGAGGACUUUGUGAAUUUGCUCAAGAAGACGCUGCAUCCGGACAUCGGUCGACAGAUGACACCCAGCCAACUUCUGGAGGAUCCGUUCAUUACCAUGUGCAACCUGGCUAACAGCUACCCCAACAGCUUUUACGUGAAAUUAGGCUGUGAAAUGAUGGAGGUCUGCCGGGAUCCGAGUGGGAGCCAUCAUGACAUGGAUAAGCAGCCAUGGCUGAACCCGCAGGCCUCCACCUGCAACGCCAGCCUGGACCCGCACAACAUCCCGGGCCAGGUUGCUCCUGUCUGGAACCGUCGCCAAGACCAUCCUAUCGUACAGAGGAUGGCAUCCUCCAGCAGCCUCUCCAUCCAGGACCAGAAGUGA